GCUUAAGGGUGUAGGUCCUGGUGCAGCUGAGGCAAUUUCAUUCCUCACAACGACGCCAUGGAGGGGACUACCUCAAGCCUGAGUGGGCGGCAUGACUAUGACACCAAAUGGCCAGCCUAUUCUUGUGCUUGGUCCGCUACGCCUGAGGCUCGCUUCAGGCUUGCUGUGGGGAGUUGCAUUGAGGAGAAGCGAAAUUUCAUAGAGAUUCUCGAGCUCAACGAGGGCAACUUGGAAUGCGUGGCAGAAGCAGAGCACCCAUUCCCUCCAACGAAGCUGCUGUGGAGGCCGGAGAAUGGCUGUGAUGGCGGCAAUUUGCUAGCUUCCUCUACGACUACACUAAAUCUUUGGAAGGUUGAAGACGGGCAGGUGAAGUGUGUUGCAACAAUGGCGAACACCAGAGCACAGAAGCAAUCAACAAACUUGCCUCCUUUGUCUUCUUUCGAUUGGAGUAGCAUAAAUAACAACAAGCUUGGAGCUUCGUCGGUGGAUACAACCUGUACAAUCUGGAACUUGGAGAAGCAGAAGAUCGAGACACAGCUGAUUGCUCACGACAAGGCGGUGUAUGACAUUGCAUUCUCUCAUGUCGAUAGCCUUUUCGCUUCAGUUGGGGCAGAUGGUUCGGUCCGGAUCUUUGACCUAAGGAACUUGGACCACUCAACCAUCGUCUACGAGUCUUCGCCACCAUCUCCGUUGUUGAGGCUUGCCUGGAAUAAGAGCAACACCAAUCAUAUUGCUACAGUUGCGAUGGAUGCUCCUGGAGUGACUUUGAUUGACAUCCGAAGACCUUCUGUGGCACUUGCAGGUCUCAAUUAUCGUGAUUCCUGCGUGAAUUCAAUUACUUGGGCUCCCCACUCACGCAAUCAUCUUUUGUGCGGCACAGACGAUGGUUUUGGAAUCAUUUGGGACAUUGCAGAAGCUAUUCCAUCCAAACUCGACACACCAUGUUUGGCCUAUGAAUGCAACAGUGAAGUGUUCCAAGCCCAGUGGCCUGCGUCACAACCCGACUACGUUGCACUGGGCAUGGCACAUCAGAUCAGGCUACUCCAAGUUUGAUUCAUCAACUUACUUGUUGCAGGGACGAAAAUGCCCCCGCCGCCCCCGUUUCACCACUUUAGUCCACAAGAGACGCCGUGCCGCGGACCUCGUGCGGCCGCGCAUAGGCCCAACCCAGGCUGAGCAUGCAGCGCGCGGCUAGCUGCUGAGUCUGUGCAUUUGCGCGUCCGAAAUGUAUCG